ACGAAGAUCUGAGGAGCGGGUGCCAUCAAAAAAAUGGCUGUUCCUCACACUUAGCACAUCGAAGUUGUCUGUAUAUAUACAUAUAUGUGCAUACAGAACAUGCAUGUUGUUCAUUGAUCGUCACUCGUCAGGAUCGGAUGCCCACUGUCACAUUGAUAGUAAUUCCUAGCCAUGGCUUCCGUUCUGGGAACCUCAUCUCAAUUUUCUGCCGACGGUAUUCCCUCCAACAACCGGCCAGACGGCCACGACUACAUAAAAGGCGUAAAGUAUCUUGUUGACACCGAACCAAACCUAACGACGCUUCCGCCGGAAUAUGUUUUGCCCUUACUGGAAUGCCCAUUAGCAGUCAGGAAUGCUCCUAUACCAGUUAUAGAUUUGAAAGGUCUCAUCAAUGGCCUCAGGGGAGAAAGAGAGCAAACUGUUCAGGCCAUUGGCUCUGCCUGCGCCGACUAUGGUUUCUUCAGGGUCAUUAACCAUGGUGUAAAGGUCUCGCUAAUGGAGGAAAUGCUGAGAGGGGUGGAAGAGUUCUUCAGCAUGGGGUGGGAAGAGAAGAUGAAGUAUGCGUCGGAGGACGUGAUGAGUCGAGUGAGAUAUGGAACAAGCUUGAACACCUCAAAGAAGCAUGCUCUUCAUUGGAGGGAUUAUUUCCGCCAUUUCGGCCAUCCCUUCCACACUAGCUUCCAUCUUUGGCCCAACACUCCCCCAAAUUACAAGUACAUUGCGAGGGAAUACUUGGAGGAGGUUUGGCGAUUGGCGUUAAAAUUGGCGAGUGCGAUAUCGGAAAGCCUGGGUCUGGACCGAGAUUAUGUAGUUAAAUCUCUGGGUAAUGGCUGCCAAAUCGUAGCCUCUAACUACUACCCGCCGUGCCCGGAGCCGCACCGCACCCUGGGACUCUCUGCACAUUCCGAUCACGGCGGAUUAACCAUAUUAAUGCAAAACGACGUCGACGGCUUGCAGGUUAAAUGCAACGGCGAAUGGAUAGCCGUUCCUCACGAGCCCGGCACCUUCUUCGUCAAUCUGGGCGAUUAUUUAGAGGUAUUGAGCAACGGAAGGUACAAGAGCGCGGAACACCGAGCAGUGGUGAAUAAAGAUCGGGCAAGAAUAUCGGUGGCAGUGGGCCAUGGGCCUGAUCUGACGGCCACAGUUGCACCAGCUGGCCCACUGAUUAAUGAGCAGACAGCCGUCCAAUACAGGCCCAUCACCUACGAAGACUAUAUGAAGGCCCAACAAAGCAGUGCCGUUAGGGGGAAAAGCCCAUUGCAAGCCUUAAUGGUCAACCCCACGUUAGAACAACAACAGAAUGAGAAUUGAGAGCCAGCCACCGUUUUAAAUUCUUGGAUUUCAGGACAAUUUUUUUUCAUGCGUCCAAGUACUUUCUUCAUAAGCCCCAAUCUUAUCCAGUCUGUCUUUUAUAUUUUGAUUUGGAGUUGGCAACUUACCAAUUUGUUGACUUUCAUAGUAAGUGUUUGUAAACAAAUACUAUCGAUUGGUUGGGCAAAUUUAAUAAUAGGUAUUUGGCAUUUUAAA